GGCAGCAGGGAAAUCACACCACAUCAGAGCACAGUAUACCGGCUCAUCUAAGUAUGUGGCAGCUUAACUAACCGGUGUCGAAGGAGGCGACAGACCGGACGAAGGUCGGGAAUUCUCAGGGGUCGCCAGACUGCACAUACCUGGACAAUACAACGGGAGGCUCUUCAAAUUAAUGAGCCCUGGUCAUACACAUCUUAGAACUGCUCCCCCUCCACCUCCAACUCUGAGAGGCGAAGACAGGAUCCGCAUUGAAGUGAAGCCACUAUGGCCCCUGAAUACAGUGCAUCACUCUGGUGAGUGUGGGCCGUCACAGGGCAGAAGACAUGUUGGGACAGAGGGCUGGGCACCGCACUGAAGCUUGCUGUAGUAACCAUGGAAACGGUGUGGAGGAGUUUGGCCUGCGUUGGCAUCAUCGCCAUGGUUGCCAGUGAAGUAGCAGAGAGUUGGAGUCCUGAAGAGUUUGCUCAGUCUCAAGCUGACUUUUUGUUCAACUUGGGCCAGUAUGAGAUCGCCAUCCCAGUGCGUGUUGGGCCGCAUGGGGAAACACUAUCAGAAGAGGAGACCCCUUAUGGGCAUGGCAGAGAGCGGCGUAGCACAGAAACACAGCACGUUCCAGAUCCACAGCUGUACUAUCAGCUCUCCACGUCGAGUACUGACCUCCUCCUCAACCUCACGCUGCAGGGAGGACUGCUCUCACGACAGUUUCGUGUGGAAUACUGGAAGAGUGGUCGCCUGGCCUGGAGUCACCCAUACUUAGCCAACUGCCACUAUGUGGGUCACCUACAGCACCAGCCUCACUCUAGUUCUGUGGCUCUUAGCAACUGUAACGGCCUGCAAGGGGUCAUUGUAGCUGGUGGUGAGGAGUACCUUAUCGAACCCGUGGUUUCUGCCAAAAACUUCACUAAUGAGGCUGGCAUAGAGGGGCGCCCCCAUGUGGUGUACAAACGGUCAUCUCUGAGAUACCAGAAUUUGGACCAGUCCUGUGGCGUAAUCGAUGAGAAGCCCAUUAAAAGUUAUGGAUGGUGGCAGAGAACGAUAAAGCCUUCACCCAAUCAGAUGGGGCGGGGCCAAUUACCACUGAAGCGUUCUGUCAGCCGAGAGCGCUACGUCGAAUCCCUAGUGGUUGCUGACAAGAUGAUGGUUAGCUAUCACGGCCGCCGUGAUAUUGAGCAGUACAUUCUGGCUGUUAUGAAUAUUGUUGCCAAACUGUUCCAGGAUUCUAGCCUGGGGAACGCAGUGAACAUCGUAGUUACCAGGCUUAUUCUACUCAUGGAAGACCAGCCCACACUAGAAGUUAACCAUCAUGCGGGGAAGUCUUUAGACAGUUUCUGCAAAUGGCAAAAAUCCAUACUGCACCGGAGUGGUCAUGGCAACGCCAUCCCUGACAAUGGAAUCGCUCACCAUGAUACAGCAGUGCUCAUCACCAGAUAUGACAUCUGCAUCUACAAGAACAAACCCUGUGGAACACUUGGUCUGGCACCUGUUGGUGGUAUGUGUGAGCCGGAGAGAAGUUGCAGCAUCAAUGAAGACAUUGGUCUUGCCACUGCUUUUACCAUUGCGCAUGAGAUAGGACACACGUUCGGGAUGAAUCAUGAUGGUGUUGGCAACGCUUGUGGGGUGCGCAGUCAGGAGACCGCUAAACUCAUGGCUGCCCACAUCACUAUGAAGACCAACCCCUUCGUCUGGUCGGCCUGCAGCCGCGAUUACAUCACCAGCUUCCUCGACUCUGGCAUGGGUUCCUGCCUGAACAAUGUUCCCCCCAAGCACGAGUUUGUUUACCCCACCACAGCCCCUGGCCAAGCCUAUGACGCAGACGAACAGUGCCGCUUCCAGUAUGGAGUGAAGUCUCGUCAGUGUAAAUACGGGGAAGUGUGCAGUGAGCUGUGGUGCAUGAGUAAAGGAAACCGCUGCAUCACCAGUAGUAUCCCGGCAGCCGAGGGCACCAUCUGUCAGACCAGCACCAUUGAGAAAGGGGUAAGCACAGAGAGUUCUGGGAGAAGGCCAAGAAUACCAGAACACAACUAUAUCAAGACUCAGGAAACAGAGCACUCCAACAGCCUGAAAGAAAAAUGGUGCUUCAAAAGAGUGUGUGUGCCAUAUGGAACUCGUCCGGAGGGUGUUGAUGGUGGGUGGGGUCAUUGGUCACCUUGGGAGGAGUGUAGUCGCUCCUGUGGGGGCGGAGUCUCAUCCUCAAUUCGCCACUGUGACAGCCCCAGGCCAACGGUUGGAGGAAAAUAUUGUCUGGGAGAGAGAAAGCGUUUUAGAUCCUGCAACAUUGACGAGUGCCCGGCCGGAUCUCAAGAUUUUCGGGAAAUUCAGUGCUCAGACUUUGACAGUGUUCCUUUCCGGGGGAAAUUCUACACCUGGAAGCCGUACAGGGGCGGUGGAGUGAAGUCAUGCUCGCUGAACUGCCUAGCAGAAGGCUAUAACUUCUACACCGAGCGCGCACCAGCUGUAGUGGAUGGCACGCCCUGCAGGGAUGACUCUCUGGACGUUUGUGUGAAUGGCGAGUGUAAGCAUGUGGGCUGUGACCGGAUCCUGAGUUCAGACGUUCGAGAAGACCGCUGUCGCAUUUGUGGAGGAGAUGGCAGCAGCUGCCAGGUCAUCGAGGGGGUUUUCAACGACUCUUUAUCCGAAGGAGGUUAUGAGGAGGUUGUCAGGAUCCCCAAAGGAUCUGUAUUCAUACACAUCCAAGAGCUGAACGUCUCUCUCAAUUACUUGGUGUUGAAGAGCAAAGGGGAUCAGUACUUUAUCAACGGCAAGCUGACGAUCGACACACCGCGGCACUUUGACAUUGCAGGAACCACCUUCCACUACCGUCGCCCCACCAAUGAACCAGAGACCUUGGAAGCACUAGGGCCCACCAACAUGACUCUAAUUGUCAUGGUGUUGGUCCGAGAGGAAAAUCCCGGGAUCCAUUACCGUUUUAACCCACCAGUCAACAGAGAUCCACUAAGCGGUUACGCCUGGCAUUAUACAUCCUGGUCCCGCUGUUCUGCACUGUGUGCAGGAGGGGUUCAAAUCCAGCAGGUGGUGUGCAAGAAGCAAGCUGAUCUGUCUGUGGUUUACAACCACUUCUGCGACAAGAAGAACAAGCCCAAAGACAAGAAAAGAUCAUGCAACUCAGAGCCCUGCCCUCCAAUGUGGUGGACAGGAGAGUGGUCUGAAUGCAGUAGGAGUUGUAAUGGAGGAGUGCGUACACGAGAAGUCCUGUGUAAGAGGAAGAUCUCUGCCACAGAGGAGAAAGUCCUGGAUGACUCGGCCUGCAUCCCACCACGCCCUUCCAUCACUGAACCCUGCCACAAUCACACCUGCCCCCCAGAGUGGCACUCGCUGGACUGGUCUGAGUGUACUCCUAGCUGUGGUCCGGGAUACAGGUACAGGGUGAUUCUGUGUAAAAGUGGAGAGAACGGUGAAACACUGCCCGAGUCAGAGUGCCCGAAACAAAGCCGUCCAACCAUCAGGGUGCGCUGUUACAUACAACGCUGCCCACCACCUCAGUGGGUUACAGGACCCUGGGGAGAGUGCUCGGCUAAGUGCGGUAUGGGUCAGGAAAUGCGCUCCGUGCAGUGUCUGACACAUACUAGUCAGCAGUCCAAUGAGUGCCCUGAGUCACAUCGGCCUGCCUCCAUGCAGCAGUGCAAGAGCAAGUGUGACCACAGCGGCCCUACAGAUAACCCUGAAGAGUGUAAAGAUGUGAACACAGUGGCAUACUGCCCCCUGGUGCUCAGGUUCAAAUUUUGCAGCCGCCCAUACUUCAGACAGAUGUGCUGCAAAACCUGCCAAGGACACUGACCGACCUCCUUCCCUCUCUCUCUUUCUCUCUCACUCUCUCGCUCUUUUUUCCCCCUCCUCCGCCUCUCCCUUGUUCUUGCAUGGCCAAAACCGCCCAUGCUCAGCAUUCCACUGAAGGAGUGUUGUUAACCACUGGCAGACUGACAUCAUUGUGGGAGAGAGCGUGGAAGAAAUGAGAGCGAGAGAGAUGGAGAGACAUAAAAAGAGAGAGAGUCUGUGCUGCUUUCUCUCUUCCUCAGACCAGCUGCUUUAGCACUGCUGCUGUGAAUACCAGUCUGCCUAAAAGACAUCUGUCAGUAUCCCUUUUGCUCUUAGCGUGGUGCUUUCCGCUAUCAGUUGUCGUACAGAAAAGUGUUAACGUGAACUUUGUCACACUUGUUCUGUUAGUUCUGUGUUUUGCUAAUAGUAUUGUCCAUUAUUUUAAUGUGAUAAAUGAUGCAUUUAUAGACCAAUUGUCUUUAUAACCAGUCUAAAAGCUGAAGUGUGUAAAUUCUGUGCCACUAGUAUCACCAAACGGAAUUCCAAAAAUAACAAUUGUUUUCAGACAGGUUUCCCGAACGCUGUUCCCACCUGCCAUUUGUUGGACAAAUAGACAGCCCUGUUCCAAUCUCACGUCACUGGUUGGGCCAGUGUUGCUGUUUCGGGCUAGUCGGAUGCUCAAACCAACAGAGCAAUGUUUUGAUAGCGCCACAUAAAGCAUUUUAACAUUAAAUAAAUUACACACUUCCAAUUUAAGGGGCGUUCACACUGUCAACAAUUUGAAGACAAAGCAACAAACAGUUAUUAAUUUUCAAUGAGAGUUGGUGAUUUGAGGCGUCAUGAGCAAAAGAGACAUUAGCGAUGCAACAAAGUUGCAAAACAACAAUCUUUAUGCUAAUAUGCAGUGAUAUGACGCAUUAACUAAUAAUUGAAGUCCAGAUAGUGGAGCUCAUGCAAUCCAAUUCAAUUGCUGUCUGUGUGAACAGACCUUUAGAAACACUACAAAUCACUCAGAUGUCAUAAGCUCUCAUUUGGCUGUGUGGUUGGUGCUGAGAUACUGUAUCUUUUAAUCUGACAGCCUUUAGCUAUUUGCAUGUGCUGUGCCAUUAUCUUACCAUCGGGACCCAUUAUGCUAACACUAAUUCAACAUUAGUUAUUGUGCAGCAAUGAAACCUGCAUGAACAACAAAAUGAGAGAUAUGGUCUGUUUUAGCUUACAUGCACAAUGUUAGCAGCCAAAUCAACCAAUGGAAGCCAUUGCUGAAACGUGUGGUAGUAUCAUAGCAUUAUUAUUUGUUAUUUACAGUAGCAGACACAUUUCCCCUAGAGAAUGUUGUGUACUGUAAUUGCCAUGGCAGUCUCCAUUGGGCAACAAGUAAUUAAGGUCGCAGAGCAACAGAGGAGAAUUGAACUACCUUGUCCUAAACUAUCUGGUUAGGAAUACACCCAAAAAUGGAUAUGCUCACCCUUCAGAUCUUAAAGGAAUAGUUCACUCAAAGAUAAAACUUCUGUCAUCAUGUACUCACCCUUUUAAUUCCAAACCUGCUUAAUUUUCUUUCUUCAGCAGGGAGAUUGGAUAUUCUGCAAAAUGUCUCCUUUUAUGUUCCAUUGAAGAAUGAAAGUAAUUUGGGUUUGGAACAAUAAAUCAGUAAAUGAUGGCAGAAUAUAAUUUUUAGGGUGAACUCUACCUUUAAUGUUUUAAACUUGCAAUGAAGUGUUUUCCAUACUUUUAUAUUGAUUGAAAUCCACCCAGAAUCCUGAUGCCAACACCCAAUUUCCUGCUUCAGAGUCCAAUACUUUACCCAUUAGGUCACAGGGCCUGCAUUAAUUUUGCUCUCAGUUGUGUGUUUUUAAAGUCUCCAUGGUUGUUUACAAAAAUCAAAAGAUUAAAAUCCAACCUGAAAUGGCUCAAACAACUAAAGCCUUAAACCUUUAGCUAAAAUUUGUCAUUAAAUCAUCUCUGUCUAAACUUGUUAGUAUCAGCCACCAUUAGAGAGCUCGAAUAGACUGUCUCCCCGUCCCGGGUCCUGGCAGCACAUUUUGAAUAUUUAAUUUGAAGAGCAGAUUUUGAGGAGAUGGCCUCCAUUUAAGGAUUGGUGGCUAAUCUGUGGUGCUACAGUAUGGUGCUAUGUCUUUUUUUGUCAUAAUCUCAAAAUGUUAUUUUGUUUUGUAAGGAUUGUUUUGCUUAAGGUAAUACAUUAUCUAAGGAAAAAAUAUAUAUAAGCAAGAUUCUAUGAAAACUAGAAUUAUUGUUAAAGUCUCUCUGCAGAGACACUAACUGCAUAAUCAAAAUCUUGGUACAGUUAUGUGAAAGAUGAACAUGUUGUUUUGCUUUUGACAAUAAGCUUUUUGAUUUUGGUGUGUGUUCCUACAUUUACAGAAACUGUAGAUUCACUUUGGAAAACACAAUCACUUAUGUUUUUAUGGACGUUUUAUUGUUGUUUUAUGUUGAUUUUUACAUGCUACUCAAUAACAUGCUGUACUGUCAUGUGCCUGUGAUGUAGUUUAUUUCCUCUGAAAUGUAUGUAGACCAGUUGAAAUGAAUUUGAAUGGCUGAAUAAAGCAGAUGCAUUGUGUACAACUUC